ACGUCUUUUACAUUGCUACCGAACCGAUCAGCGAACACAGACAAACCUGCCAACACUUAAAUCUACUGGCUGGAUUUCAUCUCCAUGGCAACAAGCAUGGAAGCUUUGAAGAACAUUCUGAAGCUUGUAUGGGAGACAAUAUAUCAAGAAUCUAUUUAUUGAGUUCUUCUAGAACAAAAGCCAGGAGCUCCCUAAUGUAAACACAUUAGUGUUUGUUUUGAGGAGGAAAUCUAUAGACUUUUUUUAAGCAACCGUAAAGCAGACAGCUUAGUUCAAAACAUCCGUUUCGGAAGAUGUCACUGAACAACUCUUCCAAUGUAUUUCUGGAUUCCGCACCCAGUAAUGCCAAUCGCUUUCAAGUUAAUGUCAUAAAUGAGAGCCAUGAGAGCAGUGUGGCUGCGAAUGACAACACUGACCCUCCACAUUAUGAGGAAACCUCUUUUGGGGAUGAAGGCCAGAACAGAUUCAGAAUCAGCUUUAGACCUGGGAAUCAGGACCGCUAUGACAACUUCCUCCAAACUGGAGAAACUGCUAAAACAGAUGCCAGUUUUCAUGCUUAUGAUUCUCACACAAACACAUACUACCUACAAACCUUUGGCCACAACACCAUGGAUGCUGUUCCCAAGAUCGAGUACUAUCGCAACACUGGCAGCAUCAGUGGGCCCAAGGUCAACCGACCCAGCCUGCUUGAGAUUCACGAGCAACUGGCAAAGAAUGUAUCAGUGGCCCCGGGUUCAGCUGACGUGGUUGCCAAUGGGGAUGGGAUGUCUGGCGAUGAACAAGCUGAAAACAAGGAAGAAGACCAAGCCGGUGCCGUGAAGUUUGGAUGGGUGAAAGGUGUGCUGGUAAGAUGUAUGCUGAAUAUCUGGGGUGUCAUGCUCUUCAUUCGCCUCUCCUGGAUUGUUGGAGAAGCUGGGAUCGGUCUUGGAGUCAUCAUCAUUGGCCUGAGUGUGGUAGUGACAACACUCACAGGUAUUUCUAUGUCUGCUAUUUGCACAAAUGGAGUAGUAAGAGGAGGUGGGGCCUACUACCUUAUUUCCAGAAGCUUAGGGCCCGAGUUUGGUGGGUCUAUAGGCUUGAUCUUUGCUUUUGCCAAUGCAGUGGCUGUUGCUAUGUAUGUGGUGGGAUUUGCUGAGACUGUGGUAGAUCUUCUUAAGGAGAGUGAUUCGAUGAUGGUGGAUCCAACCAAUGACAUCCGGAUAAUAGGCUCCAUCACAGUGGUGAUUCUUUUGGGAAUUUCAGUAGCUGGAAUGGAAUGGGAAGCAAAGGCUCAAGUGAUUCUUCUGAUCAUUCUUCUCAUUGCUAUUGCAAACUUCUUCAUUGGAACUGUCAUUCCAUCCAACAAUGAGAAAAAGUCCAGAGGUUUCUUUAAUUACCAAGCAUCAAUAUUUGCAGAAAACUUUGGGCCAAGCUUCACAAAAGGUGAAGGCUUCUUCUCUGUCUUUGCCAUUUUUUUCCCAGCAGCAACUGGGAUUCUUGCUGGUGCCAAUAUCUCGGGAGAUUUGGAGGAUCCCCAAGAUGCUAUCCCCAGAGGGACCAUGCUGGCCAUCUUCAUCACCACUGUCGCCUACAUAGGAGUUGCUAUUUGUGUCGGGGCCUGUGUGGUCCGAGAUGCCACCGGGAGCGUGAAUGACACCAUCAUUUCUGGGAUGAACUGCAAUGGUUCAGCAGCCUGUGGGUUAGGCUACGACUUCUCAAGAUGUCGACAUGAACCAUGUCAGUAUGGGCUGAUGAACAAUUUCCAGGUCAUGAGCAUGGUGUCAGGGUUUGGCCCCCUCAUCACUGCUGGCAUCUUUUCUGCAACACUCUCCUCAGCCCUGGCCUCCCUCGUCAGCGCACCCAAAGUUUUCCAGGCUCUGUGCAAGGACAACAUCUACAAAGCCCUGCAGUUCUUUGCAAAGGGAUAUGGGAAAAACAAUGAGCCCCUGAGAGGAUACUUUCUCACUUUUGUUAUAGCCAUGGCGUUCAUUCUUAUUGCGGAACUGAAUACCAUUGCUCCCAUCAUCUCCAACUUUUUCCUGGCCUCAUAUGCACUCAUUAAUUUCUCCUGCUUUCAUGCCUCUUAUGCCAAAUCUCCAGGAUGGAGACCUGCAUACGGUAUUUACAACAUGUGGGUAUCUCUUUUUGGAGCUAUUCUGUGCUGUGCAGUCAUGUUUGUCAUCAACUGGUGGGCAGCUGUCAUCACCUAUGUCAUUGAGUUCUUCCUCUAUAUCUAUGUGACUUACAAGAAGCCAGAUGUGAACUGGGGCUCCUCCACGCAGGCUCUUUCCUACGUGAGUGCUUUAGACAAUGCUCUGGAACUAACUACAGUGGAAGACCAUGUGAAAAAUUUCAGGCCCCAGUGCAUUGUCUUAACAGGGGGACCCAUGACAAGACCUGCUCUCUUGGAUAUAACUCAUGCCUUCACCAAGAACAGUGGCCUUUGCAUCUGCUGUGAAGUCUUUGUGGGACCGCGCAAGCUGUGUGUUAAAGAGAUGAACAGCGGCAUGGCAAAAAAGCAGGCCUGGCUUAUAAAAAACAAAAUCAAGGCUUUUUAUGCAGCAGUGGCAGCAUAUUGUUUCAGGGAUGGUGUCCGAAGUCUCCUUCAGGCCUCAGGCUUAGGAAGAAUGAAACCAAACACUCUGGUGAUUGGAUAUAAAAAAAACUGGAGGAAGGCUCCCCUGACAGAGAUUGAAAACUACGUGGGAAUCAUACAUGAUGCGUUUGAUUUUGAGAUUGGUGUUGUCAUAGUCAGAAUCAGCCAAGGGUUUGACAUCUCCCAGGUUCUUCAGGUGCAAGAUGAAUUAGAGAAAUUAGAACAGGAGAGACUGGCUUUGGAAGCCACUAUCAAAGAUAAUGAAUGCGAAGAAGAAAGUGGAGGCCUACGAGGCUUGUUUAAAAAAGCUGGCAAGCUGAACAUUACUAAGCCAACUCCCAAAAAAGACAGCAGCAUUAACACAAUCCAGUCGAUGCAUGUGGGGGAGAUCAACCAGAAACUGGUGGAAGCCAGCACCCAAUUUAAAAAGAAGCAAGGAAAAGGCACAAUUGAUGUUUGGUGGCUGUUUGAUGAUGGAGGGUUAACACUCCUUAUCCCCUAUAUCUUGACUCUCAGAAAAAAAUGGAAAGACUGUAAAUUAAGAAUCUAUGUCGGAGGGAAGAUCAAUCGCAUUGAAGAAGAAAAAAUUACAAUGGCUUCCCUCCUGAGCAAAUUUAGGAUAAAAUUUGCAGACAUCCAUGUCAUUGGUGACAUCAACAUCAAGCCAAACAAAGAAAGCUGGAAAUUCUUUGAAGAAAUGAUUGAACCAUAUCGUCUCCAUGAAAGCUGCAAAGAUUUAACAACUGCUGAGAAAUUAAAGAGAGAAACUCCGUGGAAAAUUACAGAUGCAGAACUGGAAGCAGUCAAGGAAAAGAGUUACCGCCAAGUUCGACUGAACGAACUCUUACAGGAGCACUCAAGAGCUGCUAAUCUCAUAGUCCUGAGCCUUCCAGUGGCAAGAAAAGGAUCUAUAUCAGAUUGGUUGUACAUGGCUUGGCUGGAAAUCCUCACGAAGAACCUCCCUCCUGUCUUACUAGUUAGAGGAAAUCACAAAAAUGUCCUGACGUUUUAUUCCUAAAAGAUAAAGGAUUAGAACACAUUUUACCUUAAUGUAUGAGUAAGUAGGAGACAUGUUCCAGUACUUCAUGUUAUAAAUCUGAUCUGUGGAUAUGCAAACCUCUGGAGACCAAGUAAA